AAUCAAUGUUAGCGGGUGACUUAUAGGUUUUAGGAUUAACUUCCGGUUUCAACUUAUGACGUAUUUUCAUGGACCUCCGUUGCUCAUUCCAUUAUUCUUUUGUUUCAGGAAGCAUGCCACCUGCUGCGUGACACCCGCCUCUUUUAGCCACGCCCACAUCUGAUUGCUUGGCCACGCCCACACACGAUGACCCAUGCCUGGCUGCUCGGGCUGCUCAUCCUCCUCGUAACACUAAGCACCGCCUCCUCAAACGAGGAGGACUUCGCUUUUGACGCCACCGAUGAUGUGGAGGUGGAAUUCGAUGGUGAGGAUGGCGAUGAAACUGCAAAAGAGGAAGGGCUGGCGGUAGUCGGAAGGGCGUUUAGGUACUCGGUGCCGCCCUUUGAGGAGACAGGGUAUAAUAUCGAUCAUUAUGAGGUGAAAAGACCUGGUGGAAAAGGCCUACCGUCAUGGCUCCUCUUCGACAAAAAGUCCGGAAUCUUCUGGGGUGUGCCUUUGCACCAAGACGUCGGAACCUUGCCCUUAACUGUGCGCACCAUCUAUAAAGACCUGAUGGAACCAAGAGAGGAACAGCUGAAGAUUAAAGUGACUGAAAAAGAAGGAAAAUAUAUGGAUGGAGAAAAGUGCGAGGAGGGAGAAGACCAUACAAUGCUGACACUGUUGUUGGACAGAAACUUACGGACCAUCAAGCCGAAACAGAGGGUGGUAGCUGUCAAUAACAUUGCCAAGUUUUUUGGCUUGCCAUAUAGUGCCUUCAGACUACAGCCUCCGCAGUCCCUGACCACCUUAACAUCGUCAGACGACCUCAACACUGACCCCAGCAUCAUCCUCGCUGGACCCGGCGAUUCCCCCACGCAUCCAAACCUAGCAGGCUCCGCCCUGACAGUACCAGUGGGAUGCGGCGGCCGCUUGUGGGUGGCUACAGGCAACUUGGUGAAACAAUUGAAGGAAGAAGCACGGGAUGGCACUGUGGCGGAAGUGCUGGGCGUACCGGUGGUGGGAUGGAGAGUGAAGAAGGUACAACCUGCUAAUGAGGUGGAGGAGUCAGGAAAUCUGGAUAGGAGGAAAAGAGCGGCUGAGGCUUUGCCAGACGAUGACUAUGGAGCAAGUGGCGACUACGGCGAAGAAUACUACGACGACUACGAAGACUACGACGGUCAAGACGACUUGACAGGGGACGUAGAGAAACCUCCCACCAACUCAAAAUUAUCACCCUCAGUAUCUACCUCAACAGUCCGUACUACCUCCAUAUCGACAAACACCACCAUGGCGAGUAACGUACAGACUCUCCCAGACACUGAUGUAAUAGAGGAAGAUGAGUACGAAGAUGAAAUUGAAGAGGAAGGGGAAGAUGUAGAGGUGGAUAAGAGUGGAGAAGGCGAUGCGGCAUUACCUGAGACGAGCAGUACUGUCAGCAGUAGAACUGGAAUUAGUUCGACGGAGAGUUCUACGCACGCGCAUAGACAUCAUCACGGGGAGUUGAAUCCUAGUCUGUCUAGUUCUCGCGAUCAUCACACCACGCACAAAGUAACCAGUAGCGGACAUACUCCAAGCACUCCAUACAGCAGUACUGGGCGUACCAGCACCACCACAGUCAGCAGUAGCUUGCCCAGCAGUACGACGACAAUCAAAAAGAUAGAACAGAAAGGGCCCGAUUAUGUGCUCAACUACGACGACUACGGAAUUGAUAGUUAUGAUGAAGAUUACGAUAGAGGAGAAGAAGAUCCUAUUGAGAGCAAAACCAUUGUGCCUGAUUAUUCAAGUAAGAAAAAGCAAACCGUUCCGCCAUUCGAAGACACCGAAAGCAUCACCACGGAAGAAGCCACGCCGAAAACGACAACCAAAGAAGUGGUAAUAUCCGACACAUCUCCCUCUACAACAUCAACCAGCACCUCUACUGCUACCUCUUCUUCUACUUCUACCACUGCUACUAGCACUACUGCAUCUACAACAACCCUAACCUCAUCUAGCUCUACCGUCACGAGCGCUACUAGCGGGCUAACUGAAAGUAGCGCUGCUACCGAUAGCGCGACUAGCGGUAGCGCAGUUGUAUAUACCGAAAGCGUUGCGUCGGUCACCACGUCACCCGCUGUUCACGUGACUAGCACCUCGUUUUCUGAAGCACCAUCGGUCACGGUGACACAGUUUGGCGAAGAUGUGGUUGAGUCGGAGGGAACAACAAUCAUAGAUACGGAAAGACCAACAACAUUAGGCGAAACAACGAUUCAACAGACGGUAUCCUAUCCGACUGUUUUCAGUUCCAGCACAGCUCCACAAAUUUUAGCGAAUUCGAGUACUGAUUCGCCUACAACAUCAGAAGAAACUACGUUUAAGUCAACAACUAUAAGACAAGUCUCGCCAACCUCACCUAGUAGCACGACAACACUCAGGGAUGUAACAGAAAUAGAUUUUUCCGACAACGUAGAACCGUUCAUAGAGAACAGAUUGAAGCAAAUGUCUGUAACAGCAGGAAAAAUAUUCAGAUUCGUUAUACCAUUCAACACAUUCAAAGACUUCGAGGAUGAAUACAAUCUUACCUACGAAUUGUUGGAUGCCAAUAAUAGGAGUUUGACUUAUUCUAACAAUACCUGGCUACAUUUUAAUCCUUACAGGAGAGAAGUUUAUGGACUGCCUUUAGAGGAAGACGUAUCAAAGUGGGUGUUCUGGGUCCAAGCCACUGAUAGAGACGGCGCGUCAGUCAGAGAAAAACUGAACAUUCAGGUUCAACAGCACAAACUGAACUUGAUUUUCAACCAAGAAUUUUCUUUACACAUCAGAAUUGAAAAGCACCAGGAAUUUCCACAUUACGUGGAUUGGUCAUUGAAAGUUUUAAGAGCCUUAGGAAAAAUAUACAACACCAAUAUGUCGGAGAUAACAGUGAGAAAAAUCAGCCAUUCGCAGGAGUUGGUAGUGUUCACAUGGUCAAAUGAUUCGUUGCCUACGAAUUAUUGUCCGAAAAGUGAUAUCGAGGAUUUGUACAAGAUAUUGACUGCGAAUGACCAUGGCGACCCAUCAAGAGAACUAAAUUUAUCUCUGCAACCAGAACUGAGAGUGAAAAAAGUGUCAUACCGGCAAUAUGGCGUCUGCGAACCACCUCAGACUCCAGUCACUCAACCAAUGAACUUUUCGCCGUUGCUUAGGAACCCUGUGGACCAUGUUAAUGCUACUGUUGGAGAAUUGCUCAUUUACAAAGUCAAAGAUGACACUUUCUACGACCAUGAAGACGUCGAUCCCCGUAUGCUCAACAUAACGCUCCUAACAGCAGACAGGAAACCAAUUCCUCCGGACAACUGGCUGCAAUUCGAUAGCAAGAACCGAGAAUUCUUCGGCAUCCCUAGAAAAGCAGGCAGAACCGACUACCAGCUGGUCUGCAUUGACAGUGGAGGUUUGGAGGCCAGCGACAGUUUGGAGGUGAUCGUCGAUCUUCCUGCGAAACGGCACUACAACGUGGAGUUCAGCAUGAAUGUCACAACGGAGCUGCCGUAUCAGAAGUUCGUUAACAGCGCUGCUAUGCAGAAGAAGUUUAUCGAGAAGCUUAUGCAUCUUUUUGGUGAGAAGACUCCAAAUAACUUCCACUUGUUGCCCUUCAAGCAAACCUAUGAUUCGAUUAUAAUUACAUGGUUUAACAAAUCGUUGCCCCUAAACGUCUGCCCGCAUGAGGAAAUCAGGAGACUUCAGUCAGUUUUACAUAAUAUGAACGACAAGUCAAUAUCGCAUAAGGUCCACGCUGUGAUGGAACCUGACUUCAAAGUCUCGACAAUCAAAGUCCACAUGCUGGGCAACUGCAAAUCUAAACACCUCCCGCCACACGAACCUCGUCCAGAGUCGCCACCAAUAGAAAAGCACACUCCGCACUCAACCGUCGGUCGCAAAUUGCCACCUGAAACCCCGCAGGAGGAACACCGUCCUGACGUGCCCCCAAUUGAGGACAGUGCCCCCCAAUCCAGAAGCGAUGAGUACCUGAUGACCUUCAUCGUGCCGGCUGUCAUCAUCUCUAUUAUGCUGUUCUUGGCGUCAGUAGCUGCGAUCGUGUUGUACAGAAGGAGAAGGAUGGGGAAGAUGAACGUCGAGGAGGAUGGGCGAGGAAGUUACGGGAACAAAGGAAUCCCGGUGAUAUUCCAAGAAGAACUAGAAGAGAAACCCGAAUCAGGUACCAAAGCCCCUGUGAUCCUGAAAGAUGAAAAACCGCCCCUGGCCCCACCAGAGUACAGCAAGAGCGGCAGCGUGAAACUCAGCGACGCAGAUUCAACGGAGCCCUAUCAGCCCCCGCCCCCAUUUGCCCGUUCGCAGGAUUCAGGAGGCAGGCAGCCGCAGAGACCCCCGAAGCCUACCCCCACGUACAGGAAGCCCCCGCCGUAUGUGCCGCCCUAACAGUUGCACUUUAGGUUCUUUCAGCAGUAAGGGGCUAUAAGGGGCCACCAUUAGCACUUUAAUGGCCUACGCUUACUUACGGGAAGCCCUCGCUGUACAUGCCGCCCCAACAGUUGAACUUUAGGUUCUCCCAGCAGUGAGUGGCUAUAAGGAGACCGUAUCGUACCCUUAGGGGCAAUCAUUAGCGUUUUAAGGGCCUUAUAUGUUCUUCUAGCAGUGAAGGGCUUUAAGGGGCCCGAGUGAUGCCCCUAAGGACAACCGUUGCGCUUUAAGGGUGCCCCAAAGCAUACCCCUACAUACAGAAAGCGUCUGCCGUAUAUGCCUCCCUAACAGUUGCACUUUAGAUUCUUUCAGCAGUGGCCGGUACGGUACCCUUUAGGUGCUGUGGUGUCGCCUAGGGGCAGCCAUUAGCGCUUCGAGUCUUACAAAUUUUUGGUGAGGCUAUUUAGCAGAAUUGUCACUUCGAGAUAUGAAGGUGAGCCUUAUGUUGGAAUAAGGUUUCUUAAAAUUACAGUUUGCAGUCAAUUAAGAUCAAAAUAUAACCAUUAACUUUCUCCAGUCUAAGCGAUAAUGUACUUUGAUAUAAUGAUUAUAGUCUGUUAGUAUAUCUAUUAUUUCAAAACUUCGAGAUUAACUCUGUACCUGAGAGGUAAAUAGUUGUAUGUCCAUAAAAGAGAAUGGCCAGAAAUGUGCAAAACAGAUAGAAAUGCUGGCUCAGUUUACAAUUUGAUAAAUGUUCCAUAACUGUAGUUAUAUGUUAUUUUGGUAUUUAAGUCAACAAUAUGAGCUCUUUCAAAACCCAUUUGUAUUAUUUUAUAAAUAUCUACCUGUACUUUGAUUUUGGACUUACUGCUUUUUACCUGAAUCUAAAAAAUAGGUGUUAAGUAAUAAUAAAGCCUUCUAUUAGAAAACUAUUUCCAAUGUUUAAUUAGAACACUAUUGCAAUGCACUGAAUAAUGAAAAACAUGUUUGUACUUCAUAUCAAAAGUUCAGUCCAACAAAAAAUUUAAGCAUUCGUUUCCUCUUCGGAACUUUCUUCGCCAUCCUUCUUGCAAACCGGGAUAUUUUUAUAAAAAUGAUGGAACUGCUCAGGAACCAACUGUAAACUUUUUAUCAGAAAAUCGUGCUUUUUCUUUGUUAUUCCUUUUAAGCUACUGCGCAGGUCUACUAACUCUACAGGCAAUGGGACUGAGUUUCGCAUGGACCUUGUAACAUUCAAAGUUUUAAAUUCUUCAUAGCUAAACUUUAACUUGUAAAACACUGUCCUGGGAUGAUCAGCUUGAAUUCGAAAAUAUACAACGUUUGAUAUAGGAAAAUCUUCUUUUUGAGUAUUUUUUUUCCUAUUAAUUAACGGGGCUUUAGGUUGACUGUACAAGUAAUCCACAUGUUUGAAAUUAGCAAGAUUUAGUUUUGACAGUUGCACCUGCUGAUCUAAUUAUUUGCUGCCAGUCCCAAGGUGUGCAAAUUUCCAUAGUUGGUUGCUUUUUUAAUGAUCUUUCAAUCAGAGCAUGUACGUGAUCCGCCUCCAAGUGUGUGUGACCUCGUAGUAAGAAUUUGUGUUCAACAGUCUUUAAAUUUGGACAAAUCUUCAAUAGCCAUAGAUAGGUGAGCAUCAUAACAAUAUUACGAUUCUGACCGGGGCAGUUGUCCGACCAAAUUAUUAGAUGUUCUAUGAUGUAUGAGAAGUGGUACUUUCAGUCCACUUGAUAAAUGCAGAUGCGAUUUCGUUGCCUCCUCUCCCAGCCUCAGAUUCAGCCCAUACCAAGCAAUAGGACAAAUUGUUGAAUCAUAUAUUGUCAAAUUUAAGGUCCAAAGCUUAAGAUAAUAAAAGCUUUGGUUAUUAGAGAGAUAUGGGGUUGGAAGACAUUUUUGCAAAUCUAGCAUUAUAACCUUGGUGCUGUCUUUUAAAAGCCUGCUCUUCUCUUUAUCAUCCUUCUUAAUUUUGUAUCUCAUCUCUGCUUCCUUUAGGUGAUCAUCAUAUUCCUGUUGGAUAAGAGGAAUUUGAUUUCCUUGAGAAUUGUUUAGUUUUACACAAGUAUCAGCUGAAGGUUUUUUGAACUCCAAGUUAAAUUCUGUGUUAAAACACUUUCUGAAUAUCCAAAGCUUAGCUAUGUGUUCUUUGGGAACUUGAUCUUGUUGACAUCUAGCUAAAUACAGCUUGUACAUCUUUUCUAUGUUUAAUUCUGGGCCUAAAUAUUGUCUGCUACUUUGUUCAAGAGUAUAAUGGCUUUUUUAACAUGGAAAGGAUUUGAUAUGUGCUCUGAGUCCAUCAAGAACAACCUCAGGUAGUUUUUUAGGCAGCGCAUGUCUUCCUCUCAUAUCUCUUGAAACAAAGCCACCAACAGUCUGUUUCUUUAAGGCAUUGCGCACAAUUGUUUCUGAGAUACCUAAAGUAUUUAAAAAAAGUUUUACAUGUCUGAACUUUUUUAGUAGCAUUUUCGAGCUGCAUCUGAAAAAAGUAUUUUAUGGUAUGUUUUUUGCUACUUUUACUAUUGUCUCUAGGUCUACGACGUUCUAUGGGUGUCGACUCAACAGAUAAAUUGUCUUUUUAUAUCCCAGUCCUUCUCCUCAUGAAAGAUCUGUUGUCUAAUACUCUCAGGAAUGUUUUCGGUACAGUUUUUUCUGCACGGUGCACAUCCUGACUUCAUUGUCUUUCAAACAAUCUUUUUUCCUGAUUUUGUCAUAUGCUCUGCACCUCUUAAAGUUGCUUUGGAUCUUUUUGUACUAAUCCAGGUUUCUAGAUGUUUGGUACGCUUCCUUGAUUUCAGCUUUUCUAGUUCUAUUCUAUUUUGUUGUGUGUAACUUCAACUUCUUGUUUUCUUUCUUACUGUGCAACCUGCACCUCUUGUUCUUCACUUUCUGGCUCAAUAGCGCAAUUUUCAUCUAGAAAUUCUUCCUUAUCGUCACUAGCGUCGCUGCUUGGACAGUAGUUUAGAUCCUUGUAACUAUCAUCACUAUCUUCAACAUAUCCAACAGGACAGCACCUCGAAGUAGACAGCUGAUCUGGGACUAUAAGAUUACUAAGUUAUCUAUAAGCCUUACAUGAAAAAUUGAUUUAUCUUACUACACUCAUGAAAGCUCUCAUAAGUUACUUCGAUAAUAGCACAGUAAUCGAAAUGAAAGUUAUAAAGUGUAUAAAAAGCUUUAUAUAAAAUAAAUACAUUAGUAAAUACAUACUAAUGAAGUUAGAAAUUAUAUAUCAUAACAUCACUACCUUAAAUUCUUCUAUCAAUAUCAGUGGCGGCCGGUGGCUGUGAGAAAUGGGGGGCUAUUGUAGGGAAGGGUGGCCUGCCGCAGUCACCGCCGGAGGCAAAGAAUUUUUACGGUGCCACGCCCAAAAACUUCCAUUUUGAGCCUUCAAAUUCAAAUAUACAUUUUUAGAGCUAUAAUUUUUUUGCAUUUUUUAUGUCCUGAUUUUGUGGAUGGAUCAGUUGGCAAUCCUAUACCUAUAUAUUUUAUGUACAGUCCUCUGUAUAGGAACAAACAUAUUUUAGAUACGAGAACUUAUCGCAAAAGAAAGCAGCAUCUAAUAUGAAAGCAACAGAGCAUCUAUUAUCAAAAGAACAACAGUACUCAAAAGUAUAGUUUUUCACUUUCUUACAACACAUGUAACUAUAAAUAACUGGAAAAGAGAACAGAAAUACGGUAUACCUAAAUGUAUUAUUGUAUUAUAAACGACUAAGUAUACCUACCACAGCUAGAGCAAACAUUGUGUUUCAACUGUCACACUUCACACUUCUAUUUAUUACAAAAUAUUUUUUAAUGUUUAUAUGUAAAGUCUAAUCUUCUGUCUUUCUGUGAAAUAAAAUGUUCCAUCACUUUUUCGUCGAAAUUGCUGAUAUUAUGUACCAGAUUCUUAUUAACAGACAUCAUUGCCAAUGCAUUCAGUCGUUCAUUGCCCAUCGAGUUUCUUAAAAACGAUUUUAUCCUCUUAAGGGUUGAGAAACAGCGCUCUGCUUCGGAAGUUGACAUGGGAGUAGUUAUAAUUAUUUGCAACAACUUAGUUACUUCGCUAAAAGUUUCCUCUAGGUUGUUAUUAGUCAAUAGGGACAGCAAAUUCAAACCACCUGUAAUAUUUUUGAAGUCUUCCCUCAUGUACAUUACUUCUAAUUCGGUUUUCAGUUUUUCUUUAUUUACCAUUGGAUAAUAAGUCACAACUGAAUUCAGUAUUUUUGCUGGAAAAUAUCUCGAAUAGUUUGUGAAGUUUUGUGUAUCUAAUAAAGAUGCAGCUUCUAGAUGACCCCUGUAAGAAAGUAUCUCUUUUGUCUGUACAAUUAUUAUAUCGCAAACUUCUUUCGCAAUAAUACAAUUUCUUUCUUCGGGUCCUACUUUUCUGCGUUUAUUUCCAUUGUCUCCAUGCUCAUUUUCAACAGUUUGCUGUAUAUCCUCUGUAGUGUCCCUAAUCAAUACAAUGGCCUUCUCAAAUACGUCAAUAUCUUUUAAAAGUUGUACACUGUCUUUAUUCCUACUUUGAAACUGGUUAAACAAAAUAGCUACGUGCGGUAGGGUUUUGUGAAAAAAAGUCAAAAAAAAGAUGAAAUCAGAAUCUUCGAGUGCUCUUCUUAAACCGUAUGCCUCCUUACUAGUAAUUGUUUUAUCACAUUUAUUCUCUAACUCCCGGAAACAAUCAAUAAGACUUUCACGGUUCUCAAAAACGGCACUGACUGUGCGAAUGUUAUAAUUCCACCGUGUUGGCGCAACCUUUGGCAUUUUGGUUUUAACUAUUGUUUCCAAUAAAUCGCAUCUGUGCGUGGAGUUGGAGAAGAAACUUGGAAUUGCCGACAGGUUUGAAAAAAACACUUUUACUUUUGGAUUUUGGCUGGCUGCUCUCUGCAUAAUUAAGUUCAGUUGGUGAGCGUAACAGUGUAUAAAAUGAGCGUUCUGAUAUUUUUGUUUGAACUCCACCACUGCUACCGCUCAUUACGUUUGCACCAUCAUAAGUUUGCGCAAUUAAUUUGUGGGGUGAAUCUUUUAAUAAUGGGCCUAGUUCUUCUUCGAUACACUUUGCCAAACCUUCAGCUGUCUUGUCCGUAACGCUCAAAAAACGCCAAAAUCUUUCUUGUAUUUCACCUUCAUGGAGAUAUCUAAAUAUCAUUACCAUUUGACAAUGAUGUGAAAUAUCUGUUGUUUCGUCGCACUGUAAUGUAUAGCUAAAAACUCUGCUGCAUUAAUUUGCUGUCGAAUUUCUUGUUGGCAGACUUCCAACAUACUAUCUAGUAUUUCAUUUUGUACUGUUUUAGAAGUACCCUUAAACAGUGUCGCACUUUUUAAAUGUUCCUUUAAUAUUGUAUCCAGUUCGGACGUAAAAUUAAUCAACUCUCGAAAAAUGCCACGAUUUUCAGAGUCUUCACUUUCGUCGUGCCCUCUUAACGCUAAUUCCAAUUUACCGCAAAACUUUAUACAGUUUAUUAUUCUUUUUAAAAGAUAUCUAUUUUUGUCCACUUGCUCGUUGUGCUUAAUAAUAUUUUGCCUGUAAGCGGAAUCUAACUGAGCAGCGAUACUAGCUGUUCCCAAUAAAGCUAAUACUGUCGAACAAAUCAUGUGACGAGCCGAAUUUUCAUGCUUACUAAUUUUCUGGUUUAUAUGCUUUAAAUCUUUAAAUCCAGUUCUUGUCCAUGUCUUUUCCGCUGCAUCUGAAUAAAACGGAAAACAAAACAGGGCGUUUAAUGUGCCACAACCGCAUAUCCAUUUGUUUUUGUUAUAGAUAUCUUUCUUAAAAUGUCUCUUAAAACAACCAGCUUUCGUCGAUUUAUCAGCCUGAGUAAGGUUGAUAUAUUUGGAAUCGGCCUUCCAAGGGAUUUUAUUAUUAUUUUUUCAGCAAGCGGAAGCCGAGAAAAUUCACCUUUUAACAAAUUUUGUACUUCAUUUGCCAUUUUAAACUUUUUGAACGCCCGAACGACGGCACGGGGACGCGACGAAGCGAUUUCGUACACACGUAAAUCGGGACUGGCUAAAAAUUAUUUCGCCACCUCGCGUGUUAAAAUCCCGUAUAAAACUCGUAAGCGCGUGGGGGGUA